UUCAAACCAUGAAACAUCUACAAAAUAAUCGCUCUCUGCUAAUUUUAGCAAUUAUUGUGCUUUUCGCUCAGGUUAAAGGUACUCCUGAAUGGGCAGCAACCGAGGAUGGCACAAAAUAUUUAAUUGAGAGUAAAUAUGAGUACACAUGGUUUGAGGCUCUGCACGAAUGUGCCAAAAGAAAUUUAUCUCUGGUUGCAGUUGAUACAGCCGACAAAAAUUUUCAUUUAGUGAAAUUAUUAAAAAAUAGAUUUGGCAUUGGUCUGGAUCUAUGGAUUGGUUCUACAGCCUCAACAGCUGAACAUUCUAGUCGAAAAUUUGUUUGGGUUUCCAAUGGCAAAACAUUCAAUUUUGCCAACUGGGAAGAUGGGGAACCCAAUAAUUUGGGUGGCGAUCAGCCCUGUGUUCAUACAUGGUCGAAAACAAACAAUUUUAAUUGGGCCGAUGGUCAAUGGCAUCUGAAAUAUGGUUACAUUUGUGAAGAAACAUUUAUUUCACACUAUCGACACGAUAUGGAUAAGAAACGUCAUUCGAUCAAUGAAGUGGCUGAGCAAUUGAUAUUGUAUUUUAAAGAGAAACAGAAGCAUAUUGAACAGAUUAAUCAGGCCCAAGAUGUCCUAUUAAAGCAAAUCAAUUUGGAAUUGGAAGAAAAGUUGCAACAAACUAAAAAAAUAAUUGAUAAUAUUUUAGAAGAGCAUUAAAAACAAAUUAUUUAAUUACAAGUUUUUUAAAUUAUACAAUAUGUACAAAUAAAUAAAUACUCGUAUAAAUAUAAACAUAUAUGUAUAUGAAAUGUAA